UCAGUACUCAGUAGUUAACAGCAGGCUUUGGCUGGCGGAGGAAGCGGGACGAGGAGUGUCCUUGGUUCUUGCAAAUCUGCCGGCCAUCAGCUAACAUUCCAAUCUUAAGUCGUUACGGGAAGUGAAUGUGGCAAACAGUGUUGGAAACAGAACAGUCCUUGAUUAUCCUUUGGUAUCGUCGUUGGAUAUUUCUAACCAUCGUUUUGCUGCACCAUGAGUUACUUUCCUCACCACCAGGGUAACGCCAUGAACGAGAAUCAGCAAGAAUCUGAGCCGCUGCUGGAUGAUGAUGAUUAUGAAUUACUUCGCUGCGACUCUUUGUUGGCUCGAGUGGGCUCUAACAACUUUGCCUCACUUCUUGAGAACUCUGUCCCUCCCACUACUGAAAAUGAGGAAUUGAAACACACGGAGAUGCAGCCUCCACUUCAGCAUCAGCCGCAGUUUCAUCCUCAGCAGCAAGAUGCAACUGAUAUCCAAUUUAUCAUAAAUGACACUUUAUCAAUGGAAAAUGGCAUCGUACUUCCAUCAAAUGAAGUUCAAUGGGAUCAAGCUGAAAACUGGCUCAAGCUAGACUAUGAUGUAACACUGGACACCACCACCCAGGGCAAUCAACUUCUCCAGUGUGAUACUCCUGUGGUUCCAAGUGAUGCCAACAGCCACACUUCUGUCAUGCCUGAUAGCUCACCCAACAGCCAUGUGCCUUCCCUCAAGAACUGGCCUGGGGAGCAUGACUUUAAAAUAUCUCUCCCAACUGGAAAUAAAGAUAGAAACAAGUGGUGCUAUAGCAUGAUGCAGAAUAAGCUGUACCUGUGUCCCCUUAUUGCUGUCCCAAUACAUGUGAAACUUAAGCAGUGGUUUCAUGCAUCCAUCACAAUUACCCCAGUAUUUAAGGAAAGUCGCCAUCGUGUAGAUGCUGUGAUGCCCUGCUUUAAUUGCAAAAGUAAAGUAAAUGAUGAUGUAGCUGACCACCUGGUCAUGAUAGAAGGACAGGAAUGUGAGUAUAAGCAAGUCAACGAACGUUACGUCGUGUCAGUUCCCCUUCACCAUCCUCCACCGGGUGAAAUAACCUCCACCUUGCUGGUCAAACUUUCAUGCCUCCAGUCAUGUAUUGGGGGGCCGAAUAGGAGACCUUUCUGCCUUGUUUUUACCCUUCAUGACAGCUCUGGGACUGUUGUUGGGCGCCAGGUGCUAGAUUUGAAGUGCUGUAGGUGUCCGUCACGAGACAUGCUGAAUGAAGACAAGGCAGAAGAAAAGCGUCAGCGUCCUGCACAACCCAAUAGUGACUUGAAUCAGCUGGAUCGUGUGCAAGGACUCAAGAGAUCAGCAGUACCUGUUGCUACAACUGGUGAUAAGAAGAAGCGUUUCAACAUCAAGAUGGAGCCUGGAACAGAAAACCGCUACAAAUCUGUGAUAGUUCCAGUGGAGUAUGUUGGCAAAGUGAAAGCAUAUGUUAACAGUCUCAUUGCUGAAGAUUAUAUCCGUCGAAACCAGCCCAACAUCCUGCUGUACUCUGAAGAUGAACUUUAAAUAUUUCAAAGCAAAAUGCUGUGAUUUGAUUUUUUUUUUUUUUUUUUUUUUUUUUUUUUUUUACAUAAAGAAGAUUGUCUUAUAAUGGCAACAAACUAGAAUGGAAUUGACUGAUUGUGAUAUUUUAUAGAAUCACCUCCAUUACACUACAAAGAAAUGGUGUCCAUGAUUCCCCCCUUUCUCUCUCUCUCUCUCUCUCUCUCUCUCUCUCUCUCUCUCUCUCUCUCUCUCUCUCUCUCUCUCUCUCUAGACAUUUCAUAUGGUGUACAUAUGCUCAUUAAGGUACAUGUGCCUGUAGACCAAACAUUAUAGUUUUUUUUUGUAGGUGUGUUAGGGCAGGUAAAACUCCUUUUUUUUUUUUUUUUUUUUUUUUUUUUUUUUCCACCACCAUCAUCACUAUUGUCAUACCACAUGAUAUAUGCCUUGUUGUGCAUAAUUGAUUUCUCUUUGAUAUUUAAGUUCAUGUAGCAUGAUUUUGUUAUUUGUGGAGUUAUUUGUUAUAUAGCAUAAGUUAGUGAAUUAAAUGUAGUAAACAAUUACAAAAUAUGAAUUUAUGUCAAUGUUAAUUUAUGUUAAGGACAUAUUGUGUUUAUUAUUAAUACUUUUUUUAAUUACUUAAAUUUCUUAACUUACAUAUAUCUAUAUUCUCAUUUCUAUUACAGCUAUAUAUUUUUUUAUGUUUAUUUUGAUAAUGUAUAUCAUUAUCAUUACUUACUUAGGAAUUAAUGUUUUUGCCAGCGUAUGAGAUGCACAUUUUUCUAGGAAUACACAACAUGGGUCCAGUAUGAUUAUACUUGAAAAGAAAAUUAUCAAAAAAACAUUUAUUUGUUAAAGAGGGAUGUGCUUUAUUUUAUAGUCAGGGACAACUCAUAGGCUGGUAAGUGCUGUCAUUCGAGCAUUUAUUCUUAGUAUUUUUGUACGUAACAGGUCAAUGAAUAACCUUCUCAUUAAUUUUUAAAUAGAGACUUAGGAACACAAA